AUGGCGAAUCUCACUCCUAUAUCGUUAUUUUCUGGUUCUUCAAGACGUGAGAGGCUUGUGACCUCCAUGCGAGCUUUGAUUGACAACGAUAAUGUUGAUCCCGAUAUACUCAAACCAGGGACUCCCUGGCCUAGCAUGGACGAAAUAAUGGGCAAGCCCCCUGGGGAAGAACAGAUUGCUUUCGACUGUACUCAACACCAGAGUUCGAUUCUUGAAGAUCCUGCAAUUGAGGCGGAAUUCAGCUGCCCGGUAGAUCUGGGGUUCGAUGCCAUGUCAAGCUGGCAGAGUGAUCAACACGGUCUGGCGUCGUACAUCACCGAUGCAAGCCCGACCGAGCAAUAUCGAAUGCCAAGCGCAACAGUACCCGAAAAAAACAUUAUUGAUCCCCAUCUACAUUCUGAUCGUCAAUUGGCUCAUACGUCACCUAGAUUGGGAGGAUUAAAGUCCCCUAAUAUGACGCUGGAUUCAUGGGAACUGUUUUCGGGAGGCGGAAAUGAAUCCCAAGACUAUACCUUGCCCGGGCGUGAAGCCCGGGAUCACAAAGCAACCCCAGAUGGCGAUGGUUUCCACCCGAAAACCCGGAAACCCUGGAAGAACCAAGGCCCCUCGAGUCGUCGGUCACCGAAUACUACCCAUCACCCGCCAAAACGCCAGCGGUCCCAUUACGUUAUAGAAAAGAAGUAUCGAGCUGGCCUCCAGGAGCGCUUCGAGGCGCUCCGCGGCUGCGUAAUGGCUUGGAAUGAGUUCCAGCGCCGAGAAUCUGCUUCAGGUGAAGCAGCAACAACUGGCGAUGAGUUAAGUGGAGGUAGCAAGAUGAGCAAUGGUGGACGAAUGAACAAGGCAGAGGUCCUCAGUAAUGCGGUCACCUACAUUCAGGAGCUUCAGGAGGAGAACGAGGUUGUGAUCCACCAUUUAAAGCUGCUGAUCCGGCGGUUACGGGGGGUGAAACAAGCUCUACAAACGGAUGAUCUACUUUGUACCUCAGGGUUGUGA